CAGUAAAUGCACCUUGUUACGUAAAAUCCAAUAUUUUCUAUAUUUUAAGGUAAAUGUUGUAAAAUUGGUGCUGCACGUAAUAAAAUGACUUUGUGUUUGCAAUACUAAAUUAAGUUUUCCACAGCCAUAUUACCUUUAAAAGAUGCAAGCUAUCAAGGCUUUGGGGGCUGCAGCCCCGGCUACAGUUAUGUCUGUAGUAAAAAAAGGUGCAUUCACGCCUGUAGUGGAACAAGUACGUCGUACUCAUUUGCCGGCACCAAACCCUAAGGAAAAUAGACCAUAUUCUCCUUUCCAAGAUACCAGUAAUGCGGGAGAAUAUGCUGUGGCAAGAUUAGAUGAUUUAUUGAAUUGGGGAAGGAAGGGUUCUAUGUGGCCCAUGACAUUUGGAUUAGCUUGUUGCGCUGUUGAGAUGAUGCACAUUGCAGCCCCCCGAUAUGAUAUGGACAGAUAUGGUGUUGUGUUCCGAGCAUCCCCUCGUCAGUCUGAUGUCAUGAUAGUUGCUGGUACUUUAACCAACAAGAUGGCUCCAGCUUUGAGGAAAGUGUAUGAUCAAAUGCCCGAGCCCAGAUGGGUUAUAUCUAUGGGAAGUUGUGCCAACGGUGGCGGAUAUUAUCACUACUCUUAUUCUGUUGUAAGAGGUUGUGAUCGUAUUGUGCCAGUUGACAUUUAUGUUCCUGGUUGUCCACCGACUGCGGAAGCUUUGUUGUACGGUGUUUUACAAUUGCAAAAGAAAGUAAAGAGAAUGAAAACUGUUCAAGUAUGGUACAGAAAGUAAAGAUCUUGUACAUUAAGCAAAAUCCUACACAAUAUAUAAUUUUGGGACCUCCGAAUGCCUCGUAAUAAUUUUUAAGGUAACCCUAUAAUAUUUGUGCCCAAUAAAUAAGUAAUUAGUCACGUCAUAAAUUCUCUUUGAGUAUUUCUUUUUGUGAAAAAGUUACAUCAAUUAAAACUAAUAUGUUUAAGUAACAAAUCACUUUACUUCUAUUACGAGGUGCUAAAAUAUAGGUUUGAGGUCCCAUGCAUGGAACAAAAGUCAAAUCAUUUUUAGUGUUAUCCUGUUUCCAAAAAAAUCACCGUACCCAAAAAAAGAAUUGUUUUGUAUAUAAUAUUAUUAUUUAAGCAAAAUAUUGUGAAGACUCAACAAAUACAGUUGUCAUAGAAUCAUGUAAAUGAAAAUAGAAAUAGAUAAAAGCA